AGUCAUGGCCAAAACGUUCUAUUGCUGGCUGCCCUUCUUCUGUCAGCUGUGGGGCAUACAAACGCUGAGUCUGCAGUCGCUGGCCAAUCAAAGUCGCAUCUAUAUCUAUGAGCAGACAGCGCAGGAGCAGAGCCUGGAGCAAGUGCAGCAACUGCAGGCCGAGGUGCAGUCACUCAAGUUGAUUGUGCAUGGAUUUCUGGGCUCACGCACUCACAGCUCGAUUAUGCCGCUGCGCAAUGCCUAUGAAGCUCAGGGCUAUGAGCACAUACUCGUUGCGGAUUGGUCGCCUGCUGCUAAUUUGGAUUACGCCAGCUCACGUCGCGCUAUAUGGAAAGUUUCGCAGGUGCUGGCCAAGCAGCUGCAGCAGUUUCUGGGCAAGCACAACGUGCCGCUGCAUGCAGUGCAUGUUAUUGGCCACAGUCUGGGUGCGCACAUUGCCGGCUGCAUUGGACGCUACUUCAAUGGCAGCUUGGCGCGCGUUACGGGUCUCGAUCCCGCUUUGCCGCUGUUUACACCACGCGCCGACGACAGUUUGCAGUCGACGGCAGCGCAGCUGGUCGAUGUUAUACAUACGGAUUAUCCCUUCUUUGGCGAUCACACGCCACGCGGCACUGUGGACUUUUAUCCCAACUUUGGGCGCACACCACAGCCAGGCUGCGAGGAGGUGGAUCUGCUUUCAGCCAGUAAGCUAUUGUUAGAGGCUUACAGUUGCAGUCACAAUCGCGCUGUGCUCUUCUAUGCCGAGUCCAUAGGACUGCCCAAGAACUUUCCAGCUAUACCAUGUCGCUGGCAACAGUUAAGAGCAGGCAACAAUUGUUGGGCGCAUUUGCAGGAAGCCAAUUUGAAUAGUUCACGACUGCAGCAAGCAAUCAGCAGCAUGGAUGUUAGCCAAGUUGUUUAUAUGGGCGAGCAGCUAACACGCAGCGCCACCUCUUACUACUAUUUGCAAACAAAUGCAGCGCCACCUUUCGGUCAAGGCGUGCAUGCCAAGUUCAGCUAAUGCUGCAGCAGAUGGCGUCGGUAAGUCAAACAGCUUUUGACAUAUACUACUAGGCUAAGUGACAAAAGCUGUCUGCAUUGCACACUAAGCUGAGCCGCUUGCUAAACCUUUUAGAAUUAAAACAACACAAAAUAUUUAAA